AUGCCUUUGGGCGUUGAGGCUUUAGAAGCUGCCGUGGAUGCAGCCCUGGCUGCAGAGGAUGGCCGGAAAAGCGUCCACUGUCUUUCACCUGUCGUGGAAGCUCUGCGGACCCAGACCGCCUUGGCACAGUCCUUCCUGCCUGGUGUAUCUGACAAUGGUUCUUCCAGAGACUACUUGCGGGUGACCUGCGCUUUCGAGCGCCUUGUGACCAAGGGGUCUUCGCCGUGGUUUGCGCAACUAGCAGACCUUCUAAGAGGAGCUGCCGCAGAGGUCAUGCCGAUACUUCCCAGGCGACCAUUCGCACAGUCCGACUUCUCGGAAUCCGACGCCAGAAAUGAGGAAGCUGAUAUGGAUGUUCAUGAGUCCGGAGAUCCAGACAAAGCGUCCUCAUCUGGCACAGGGAGCACCGAGGAGCCCAAAGAAGAUGCGGCAGAAAUGCUAGAUGUCGAGGACAUGGAUGUCGACGACGAACUGUCAACGCCUUCAAUUACGUGGUUGUCCGCGCUCUUGUCGGCCAUUCUCCCUCUCUUGACGAAUGCCUUGCCGAGAGAUCAGAACGAGGUCGCCAUCAUCCCCCACCCUCACAAAAUGGAGAGACAAGAGGCUGCAGAAGACACCAUGAAUGUGCAUUUGGGGACCUCACGAUGGCGCCCUGUCUUCAACACGAAGAAGAUUUGCGACAAUUGCGGCACACGUAUCACUGAUCGCUUCUACUACCACUGCUCGGAGAAUUGUGACAUCGACUUUUGCCAGGACUGUCACACAAGAUCCAGAGAGUUGCUGGAUGCCUUCAUGGCAGAGGUCGACGAAGUCAACGAUGAGAACUUGUCAAGGAGGUUGUUCUGGGUCAUCGACAUAACCGAACGAAUAGGAUGGCACGUAUUGCAUCUGAAUACGGCGGAUCGGCGAAGGUUGGCCCAUGAGUUAGCAUUUUCAUGGCCGACCGUCCUCUUCGAGAAGCUGGCACAGGCUGCCGUCGACGUAGUCAAUGCCAGAGUCGUGCAUGUUCAAGAUGUCAAGGACAUCCAGUCAGACGAGCGAUUCUGGCACGCAGUAGGUUGGCUGCAAUUCCUGUACAGCACCAAUGAGUUGCCAUGCAAGACAAGGAGACUGGAGGAGCAGAGCAGUCGUGGUCCAAAGGUCGACUACGAGCUCUUUGUGCUUGAUGGUAUCAACAAGUGCGAGCCGCUCUCGGAGUUUCAACGCUGGCGGAAGCACCCCGGUGCCACAGUGCCGAAAGUGUUGGACGUGCGAAGGUUUAAAAUCACGAACGACUUUUGCUCCUUCCUGACGCAUAGUAACUUAGUGCCGGUAAACUUCCGGCGGGUUUGCUUGCUUUGCGACGUGUGGGAGCAGAUGCAGGCCCUGGUCACAAAGCAGCCAUGGACUAAUCACGCGCGCUUUCGCUUGUUGCCACAGCGACUCGUUCAUGCCGUUAUCGAGCGGUUCUGCGAAAGCCUCAAAGAUGCGGAUCUCCGACAGCCUUGGCGUCAGUCAACUCCCUCCCACCAGACAUACGAGAGGGAUACCAUGCUGCUGACACCUGGCGACCGCUUGCUCCUGGAACAAGAAGAACACGGGUGGAACGUUCGCGUGGAAUACCUAUCGCCGGACGCCCCAACAGCCAUAGGCCAUCUCCGUCAGAGGCGAUGCAGCCUGAUUGCAGCAGAACGAAGAGCACAGCCACAAGCCACAACUAGGGGAACAACACCCCUGGUAACAAUACCUGAGCAUGGAGACACAGACAACGCGCAGACCCAGCAGCAUGAGCCCACUGACUCACGGGGCGCAAGCAGCAGCAAGUACCAGGAGCAGGCAACAGCAUCAGCAAGCUCCAGCUCGUCCCACGAACCACCACCCAGCUACUGCCCACAGACACGAAGCAAGACAAGUGCGGCCCGUGACCAACCUCGAGAGCACGUCAAUACGCUCUCCGAUGGGCGGAGCCUCCGCAAGUCCCAGAAGGAAAGCCAAAUACCAACACAAGCAGCAGCUGCAGCAGCGAAACCCAAAGCAGCAACCCCCUUGGCUGAGCUCCUCAGCGACGGACGCGAACUUCGCAGGGGACGCCACAAUCAAGCACCACAGGGAAGCAACGGUGGUGGACCAACGACACCCACGACCACCUCCAUUGACACCACACCCUCCUUUACCACCACCACCACCAGUACCACGCAACCCGACGGGGACGACAACAGCCUCAUGCAGAGCAGCCAGAAGCGAGCCCCCAACAAGCAACAGUCGGGGGACAUUGACAUUACAGCAACCAGCCCGACCCAAAACCAGACCCCGACCUCCCCCUACCCCACCCCGCCGGAAGAAGGCCAGGUAGCGAGUGAUCCAGACACCGCAACGGCAGUCAACCCUGCGGCAGAAGCUUCCACCCCAGCAAUGCUCGAACACGAUCCUGGCAAAGGGUCGAACAGGGGCUCAUGGAAAUUCGGCGCAUCGCAGAAACACACGACGACUCCCAAAGCCGAGCAAUAG